CGAUUGUAAUCGACGUGCAGGCCUCCCUGACGCCUACGCCUUGCUCUUCUUCUUCAUCUCCUCAUCCAGCAUAGCACAGCACAGCGACCCGCUUUCAAAAUUCGCAACAUGUCCUCUCCUUCGAGCAACAUCAAAGUGGCUUGCGUCGGCGCUGGCUAUGCCGGUCUUGCGCUUGCGAGGUCUAUCCUGGACAGCGCGCCUGGGGCCCAGCUGACCAUCUACGAGGCGGACGAAGGUGUGGGAGGCGUUUGGCGCAAAACCUCUUAUCCAGGCGCAGGCAGCGACUUUCCCUCUCAUUUGUACGCUUUGCCAUGGGCUCUCAAUCCCGACUGGGCUCGCUUCUACAGCACUCGUCCAGAGAUUCUGGCUUACCUCGAGCGCGUGGCAGAACAAAGCGGCUUCUUGCCUUAUAUCCAAUUCAAGCACAGGGUCCAGAGUGCGGUCUGGCAAGAGCAAGAGGGGCUUUGGGACAUUUCUGGUACAAGAGCGUCUGCUCAGGGCGAGGAAGCGUGGCACGCAAAGGCUCACGUACUUGUGAACGCUGGAGGCAUACUUUCCAAAUCAAAUGUCCCAUCUCUGCCUGGCGCUGAAAGCUUCAAAGGGCAAAUCGUGCACACUUCUCAAUGGAAUGACGAUAUUUUGGUGGCCAACAAACGCGUUGCGGUGAUAGGUGCGGGGGCCUCGGCGAUUCAGAUUAUACCUGCCCUGCAACGCCUGGGCGUCGGCCACACUGAUCUCUAUGUUCGCUCUCAAGCCUGGAUCGGCACGCCGUUCAAUUUCGCCGAGCGAGACGCAAACUUUAAACAGGAAGCGGAAAAUUUCGGCACGCUAUUCACAAACGAUGUCGACAUCAUCAAUCCUGCCUACUCGGAAGAGCAACGCAACGCCCUCCGGCACACCAAGGGCGAUGUUGAACAGCAUCGAAAGUGGCUCGAGGAAGGCUUCCAUGGAAGCGCAAGGGAUCUCUACACGCGUGACAGCCCCAUGUCUCUUUUUGUUCGAGAUGCUUUGACAGGUCUCGCGCGUGCCAAGCUGGCAGCUAAGCCCGAGCUCGAGUCGUCCUUCAUCCCAGAGUUCAGCUUUGGUUGCCGACGACCGACUCCUGGCCCGGGCUUCUUCGAGACGAUCACUGGAUCGAAUGUGGACGUCAUUCAAGGCGCUGUCGAUCACCUUACCAACACAGGAAUUGUCGCUGCUGGAGACGAUAAAGAACGUGCCGUCGACUUGGUCAUUCUGGCGACUGGAUACAAGGUCGACCACGUGCCACCCUUCGAACUUGUCGGUCGCAGCGGAUCAUCUCUUCGUGGCGAAUGGUCUCAGAACCCGAGAGGCUAUCUCUCGUUGGCCACUCCAGGCAUGCCCAAUUACUUUACGAUUGCAGGUCCUCAACACCCGUCAGCAAAUGGAAGCCUCAUCUCCAGCUUCUCCCUUCUGAGCGAUUAUAUUGCAAAGGCAGUCGUAAAAUUGCAAGGCCUUCCCACUGGAGCAUCGCUCGCCCCGAAGAGCUCAGUGAUCGACGAAUUUUGUGACUACAGUGACAACUUCAUGAAGACCCAGGUCUGGACCCAGGGCUGCAACUCUUGGUAUAAGAAUUCUGAAGGCAGGAUCACCACAAAUUGGCCUGGCACGUUCCUUCACUUUGCAGACACUAUUAGCAACCCUCGAUGGGGAGAUUAUGAUUGGCAAAAGGGCCUCGCACCUCUCAAAGUCUCAGAUGCCGAAGCCGAGGGAAGCCUGAAAGCGAUCCUUGCCGAUGGGCGAGGCGCAAACGAACCAGCUUUGGGCGUUAUGGGCCCUUCGCCUGCGCCCUACCUCGAUGGCAAGCUGGCUAGCAUGUACGACAUCAAGCCCGCCGCUCGGCCGACGGCAGCAGCAGCGACAGCCUAGCGGAUGCUUGCCAAGCAAAUGCCCGAUCCGUCGCCAUCCGUGACGCGAAGCUCGGAAUUGACAUGCCUG